AUGAGAGUUGCAGUGAUCGGAGGAGGCCCCUCUGGCAUCGUGACUUUGAAGUACCUCGUUGCGGCGCAUCAAAGCCUACAAUGCGAGCCCAUCGAGGUUUGGCUCUUUGAGUACCAGCCUCAGAUUGGGGGCGCCUUCGCCGCAAGGGUGUAUGAAGAGGCCGAGCUUGUCUCCUCGAAGCAGCUCACCACCUUCUCGGACUUUAGACACGAUGGGCCUGAAGACUUCCUCAGCCCAGAACGAUACGUCCAGUACCUGCAAGACUACUGCACACACUUCAAGUUAUGGCCCCACAUCAUGCUCCGGACACGAGUAUUGGCGGUAGAACGACAGUCUUGGGGUGGCCAUGUCAUUACAUACGCGCCAAACGGCAGCCAAACACCGCUCCGGUGGCAAUGUGAUGCCGUUGCGGUAUGCUCGGGCUUGCACGUAGAACCGAAUAUACCGCAUAUUGAUGGUAUCGAGAAUGUUCCCCUGGUCAUUCAUUCUUCCAGGUUCAAGCGGCGAAAGCAGUUUGGAUUUGACAAGACUGUCAUGGUCAUCGGCAGUGGCGAGACCGCUGCAGACGUGGCAUACUUGGCUGUCACAGCGCCGACGAGGCGCGUCGUCAUGUGUCACAGAGACGGCUUCCACAUGGCUCCCAAGAGGAACCCUGGGCCUAUUCUGCUCCCUAUCCUCGGUAGGAAGCCGGACUGCAAAGAGCCGGGCAUACCCAUCGACGUGAGCCGCGCAAACCUCUUCGACACUACCUAUGUCCAUCCGAUUCUCCGCAACUCAAUGCUGCUGUGGGAGUACUACCAUUAUUACAUCAAAACCCUGCUGUGGCUGUCUUCUGGCACCACCACCGGAAUGGAUCAGUGGGUCGGCGCAAUCAGCCCUGAACGUCAUCAUCCGUCCAGGAUCUUCUUCAACAAGUCGGACAAGAUAUGCCCCUAUAUAAGCCUACCAUAUCGGCCGAAAAUUCCUAGCUGGCGCCUAUGGCUAUUCGCCUUGAGAUCAGCAUUUAAGGAAAUCAUCAAACCCGACAUCAUCGUCCUCUGCACCGGCUACAAGCAGUCAUUUCCUUUCUUCAAUACCCGUCAGAAGGGAGGUGGCCAAGCGUAUCCGGUACCGAGCGAAGCCAACGUCCGCGGCAUAUGGAAACGCGACGAACCUACAAUUGGCUUCAUUGGCUUCCUGAGGCCAUCACUUGGUGCUAUCCCUCCCUUGGCUGAGAUGCAGGCCCAGCUGUGGACAGUCAAUCUGCUCGCGCGGCACAAGAUACCACGGGCUCUCGUCCCUGAAGAUGAAAUGCAUUACCGCCUCCACCCUCUCCCAGGUGCCAGGAUCAAUUAUGGCGUCGACCACGAAAGCUAUGCCUAUCAACUAGCAAUGGACAUGGACUCGGCCCCAGGCCUCACGGACAUGCUCCGACUCCUUUCUUUCAACCUCAACUCGGGGCGUCUCCUCAUCAUCUGGGCAUUGGGAGCACACUUCAACACCAAGUUUCGGCUGCAGGGUCCUUGGGAAUGGCAUGGAGCGCAAGAGCUGCUUGCUUCGGCAGAAUUCUGGCAAACAAUCACCCGGCGACCUCUGUUCUUUGAUACAGGCCAUUUCGCAGUUUCGCUUCUUCCGAUCCUCAUAUUUGGACCGAUAAGUGGAAUCGUUUUCCUGUACGCCAUCAUGCUGGACCUCGGAAGGCGAUUGUAUCAAGGCUGCAGGGCAGCUCUGGAGGAAGAGACGGGAUUCAUUAAGUCCCUGCACAUAGAAAUGGGCACCCCCCUGUUUUGGGCACCCAAGAUGGGUGCCCAACCUAAACGGCUGCGUCAACUUCAACAGCAAAUUUCACCGCGGAAACGCAUCCAAUCUGCUAAAAAAUUGACCGCCCUUGAGGCAAUCGCCAAUGGCGGAUCCGCCAAGAAGGCUGCUCGCGAUUGGGGCGUCCGAGGGCAACUCUUUACAAUCGCAUGCAUGGAAAAGCAACUUACCGAAUGGAUUCUCAUUCAGGACGCCUUGGGCCUUCCUCCCACUCACUCGCAGAUCAGGCAGUUCGCGCAGCGCAUGCUCGCCGUCAAAGGAGACCACACACCGCUCGGAAAACACUGGAUGCAAGCAUUUUUAAGACGAAAUCCUGCAAUUCUGGCUAUUAAGCCGGAGAACAGGUACAACAUGGAUGAAGCAGGCAUCAUGGAAGGACUUGGGGAGAAUGGCCUGGUCGUUGGCAGUGCUGAAAAACGAUCUGUACAAAAGAAGACGCCUGGUUCUCGGGUCUGGACGUCGUUCAUCGAGUGCGUGUCCGCUGCCGGCACCUUCCUCCCUCCACCCGUCAUUUUCAAGGGCAAAUCGGUCCAGCAACAGUGGUUCCCAGAAGAUCUCAGUACUUUUAGUGACUGGCAAUUCACUGCGACAAAGAACGGCUGGACUUCGGACCAAACUGCGGUGGAGUGGCUCGAAAAAGGGUUCAUUCCCAAGAACCCACCCACCCGACCCUUCGGAGCGAAGACUGCUAGUAUUGACGGCCACGGAAGUCACGAGACGGUUGACUUCAUGUAUCUAUGCUACCAGCAUCAGAUUCACCUUCUUUUCUUACCUCCCCAUACCUCUCAUGUGCUGCAACCGCUCGAUUUGUCUGUCUUCUCCGCUCUUAAGCACUACUACCGCAAACAGGUCGGAUUUCUCAGCCUCCUGACCGAUUCAAGCCCAGUCGGCAAGCAAAACUUUCUUUCCUGCUACCAGAAAGCACGCGAGCAAGCGCUCACUGUGUCAAACAUCAAGGGUGGCUGGAAAGCGACGGGUUUGUGGCCGCAACAGACGCAAAAGAACGCGAAAAAUGUGGCCAAUGCAUUCAAUAGCCACUUACCCACCAGUGACUGGCAAUCAGACACAUCCCAGAUUGCGUGGAAGAUCACAAAAGGGUUUGACGAGAAGGAUGGCCUUUUAGCAAAAGCUCAAUUGCAGAUUCAGGCACUGGAAACACAAUUGGCGGCCGUCAAGCCGAAAAAGGAAGAGGGUGGUCACGAGCCCGAAUUCGAGGUUCGCCAAUAUUGA